GCAAUAAACCGACCAUGAAGAUGUGAUACACACCCUGGAGAGAAAUACUUCAACAAAGCAUUAUGUGCAAGUCCUUUCUUGGUGGUUAAAGACUUUUCUGCUAGUAUAGCAGUGUAAAUUAAGUGAAAGAUUAGUGUUCACAAAAUGUCCAAAGGUUUAACGGUCAUUCUGGAGGAGUGGAAAUGUCUGGAAGAAGAGUAUCAACAACUGCAGGAGAAACACCAAAUGUACUUGCAGAAGCUGAAUGAAAUCUCCAAACUACAAAACAGCUGCUCUUCCUCCAUUUCCAGUCAGCGCAGAAAACUAAAGGAGGUGUCCCACCUCGUGAAGAGAUGUAGCACAGGACCAUCAGAAGAAGAUGCUAAGACCCUGGAUGAAAUCAAAGAGAAGAUAAAGACGCGACCAAAUGCUUUCUUUGAAAUGGAAGCUUUUCUUCCACAGAAAAAUGGGUUGUAUCUCAGUCUGGUUCUUGGAAAUGUGAAUGUGACUCUUCUCAGCAAGCAGUCAAAAUUUGCCUACAAAGAUGAAUAUGAGAAGUUCAAGCUGUGCCUCACAGUCCUCCUGCUGCUGUGCUCCUUCAUAUGCUAUUUCUUUGUGAGCUACAGAUUUCUUGAUGCGAUUCUCAAUUUCCUGCUGGUUUGGUACUAUUGUACACUAACUAUCAGGGAAAGUAUCCUCAUCACCAACGGCUCCAGAAUCAAAGGCUGGUGGGUUUUUCAUCACUAUGUCUCAGCUUUUUUGUCUGGUGUGAUGCUAACAUGGCCAGAUGGGAUUCUGUACAAGACAUUCAGGAACCAGUUCCUUGCCUACACCUUGUAUCAAAGCUUUGUUCAGUGUCUACAGUGCUAUUAUCAGAGCGGGUGUCUGUACAGAUUACGAGCUCUGGGAGAAAGACACAACAUGGAUCUGACCGUGGAAGGAUUUCAGUCCUGGAUGUGGAAAGGGCUGACGUUUCUUUUGCCCUUCCUCUUUUUUGGUCAUUUCUGGCAGCUCUUCAAUAGCCUGUGCCUCUUCAGGAUGGCUCAGCUCCCAGACUGUAAGGAAUGGCAGGUCUUGAUGUGUGGGCUCUGCUUCCUAGUUUUGUUCCUGGGAAACUUCUUUACCACCGUCGCUGUGGUUCGUCAAAAGCUCAAGAGCAGGAAAUCAAAGACACUGUGAUACUUACUAAUAAAAACAUGUCUAAAUGCAUGCUCCUCUACAAAUAGGCUCAUAUCAUCAUUCACUGCUAUGUCACUGCUAUGUUUUGCUUUCAAAUCAUUAUACAUGUAUUGGCUAUUAAUUCUAAUACAUGUACAGUAGAAAUAUAAAAAUGUUAUUCAUUUGUCAUUAAAGGUUGAAUUAUGCUCUGCAGUAUCGCCAUGUUCUUGUUUUUGUAUAAUUAGUGAAAAUAAAAGACAGUGAGCACUUUCCAAUAAAAUGUAUCAUUUCAUAACCUUAGACGCCUCUGUGAAAGUGUUUUUAAUCUGUCUACAUAUUUUGUACUUGUGCAUACAUGUAUGUGAAUACUUUGAUUCCUUUCCUGGGUUAUUAUGUGUGGGUGUGUAGUUUCCCUGCAGGUAUUAAAAACUGCA